AGGCAAUACUGAAUGCUCCACCACCUGUGGAGGUCUCCUAGCAACCUUCCUUAGGAAUUCUGUCUGGGCCCAAUUAGAAAACUGGAGCUGAGGCCUUGAGACCGAUGACUUUGCCUUCCGAGUCGGUGGAAAGGUGAAAGAAAAGGCCAACAUGGGUCAGAAGGUCACAGGAGGGAUCAAGACUGUGGACAUGCGGGACCCCACAUACCGCCCCCUGAAGCAGGAGCUCCAGGGUUUGGAUUAUUGCAAGCCCACCCGGCUGGACCUGCUGCUCGACAUGCCCCCCGUGUCCUACGACGUCCAGCUGCUCCACUCUUGGAACAAUAACGACCGCUCACUCAACGUCUUCGUGAAGGAAGAUGACAAGCUGAUCUUUCACCGGCAUCCGGUGGCCCAGAGCACAGAUGCUAUCAGGGGCAAAGUUGGGUACACACGAGGGCUGCAUGUAUGGCAGAUCACGUGGGCCAUGAGACAACGGGGCACACACGCUGUGGUAGGGGUGGCCACGGCAGAUGCCCCCCUGCACUCUGUUGGAUAUACAACCCUUGUAGGGAAUAACCACGAGUCAUGGGGCUGGGACUUGGGACGCAACCGUCUCUACCACAAUGGCAAGAACCAGCCAAGUAAAACGUACCCGGCAUUUCUCGAGCCAGAUGAGACAUUCAUUGUCCCUGACUCCUUUCUUGUGGCCCUGGACAUGGAUGACGGGACCCUGAGUUUUAUCGUGGAUGGACAAUAUAUGGGAGUGGCUUUUCGGGGACUCAAGGGUAAAAAACUGUAUCCUGUAGUGAGUGCCGUCUGGGGCCACUGUGAGAUCCGCAUGCGCUACUUGAACGGACUUGAUCCCGAGCCCCUGCCGCUCAUGGACCUGUGCCGGCGUUCGGUUCGCCUGGCCCUAGGGAAGGAGCGCCUGGGCGCCAUCCCUGCGCUGCCGCUACCUGCCUCCCUCAAGGCCUACCUCCUCUACCAGUGACCCACGCCCCAGGACCACCACACAACAGCCACCUGGUGCCAAUUCACUGAGCCAUCGGGGGCCGCCGACCCCUGCGCGUGGGAUGGACGCCCACCCUCAGCCAUGGGCAGACAGCCCUCUCUUCCUCCUCAGUCAGCUGCGUCUGCUGACUGGACAGAUGCCAACAGGACUUUCCUCCCUCCCGGACACUGGCUGGAGCAGCAGCAUCCAUGCCCUCCCUGAACCAGACACAGAGAAUAAACUUCUAUGAAAGCCUCUGCCAGGCGCCUGUCUGCUGUCAGGUGGGGUGGGCUGCUUCUGCAGCGGACAGUCUAUGGCCACCUAGGGGUCCUGGGUGGUGAGACCAGUGGGAGGGCUCGAGGGCAGAUUCUAGGAACAAGAAGGGCCAGGACCAGGCCACACAAAUGAAGCUCAGGAUGUCACACAGCAUAGACACUGAGGCAGAACCCCAGGUUGGGCCUCCCUCGGGCCAAUGAGUGCCAGGCUCAAUGCCGGUUGUCGGUGCUCUGUACCCUGUAUUUAUUCUUUAAACAGUAACACAGGCCGUUUAUUUAUUCCAUUUAGAAGGAAGCUUUGUUAGGUCACCUCUCUUGGUGUGUUCUGUUUCUUUCCCCAACCUGCAAUGCCCUAGGAUGCGUGUGCCACACCUGUCCUCCUCCUGGGACAUGCCUGUGGCAUAUGAGCUGCCAUGCGAUGCCACAAGAGUGUCUUUGUGUACAUCCCUCAAUCCAGUUUCCAGGGGGCUCUGUGCCAAGCACCAGGCCCCCCAGAGAAUUAGCCUCACGUGCAAUAUGAGUGACUUAGGGCUCCCGAUAGGGCUGUGCAAGUCCCCGUGUCCCCAGGUAGCUGAUUACCUUGGGAGUUCAUACAUCAUUACAGGUGUUUGGAUUUCUUUGGUCUUCCAUGAGUUUUUGGUGUAGCUUUGAUUUUGUUCCUGGUUUUCUAGCUGAGAUUUCCCAUUGGCAUCCUCAGAAGCCAGAAGACCUUUGGGACAGACAGCAGUGAGUAGGGUCUCCAACCUCUGGGAAGCCACGGGCAGGGCCGAAUAGGCAGACCAAAAGCAGAGUGCUGUUUUGGAGUCCACACUCCAACCCAGGUUUGGGAAUCAUAUGGAGCAGCCCCAGUUCAUCAAGGCCCACCCUCACCCAAGCCUCAGAAGAAGGGUGUGGAACAGCCUGCAGGAGAUGAAGGCCUGUCGCCAGCAGCUCCCCCAGCUACAUCCCAGCACUUGCUCCUGCUCCCUAGGUUGGGAAUGUGGCCCAGUUAAUAGAGUGCUUGCCUGCCAUGCAGGAAGCUCCAGCACCACAUAAAAUCUGUCAUGGUGAUACUUGUGUAACUCCAGCACUUGGGAGGUGGAGGCAGGAGGAUUGGAAGUUCAAGGUCAUCUUCAGCUACAUAGAGAGUUCAAGGCCAGCCUGGGCUACAUGAGACCGCGUCUCAAAAGAAAAAAGAAAAGACAUGAACUCCCUUAGAAUCUGAGUUCUGUUCAUUUCUGCACAGGUACAAUAGAUGACUUUAUUUGUUGAAAAUGUUUAAUAUAUACAUAUGUAUUUGUCGGUAAGAGUUAUGUUUUAAGCAGCUGCUGUAGGGUACCUUUUUUUUUUUUUUUGUCUUACAGUAGUGUUUUUUUGUUUUUUGUUUAAGCACAGAAUUGGUGCCAAGACUAGAUGAGGAAUGUAAAUUAUUCCCUUCAUAUUUUGAGGGUUUUUUUUUUUCUUUUCAGAGCAAGGGGCCUUAUCAGACUGUAAGAUUUCACUUGCCCCCAUUUCAGAGUGGGUCAUGUUCACUUAUACAGAUCUCAACUUGUUGCUGUGACCCAGCUGUCUGUCCUGGAUGCUAGUGAAUGCCUGGGCUCUCCACAUCCCCCACCCCCUGUCACCCAGGGACUCUCCAUCCCUCCUGUCUUCCUAUCUGCCUAAAGCCUUGUGGCAUGUUUAGUUUUGAAACCCUUGUUCUGUUCUAUUUUAUAAUGACUCAUAAUAGCAACCUAAUAAAAGUUUGUUAAA